AUGGAGACAAAUGAAGAAUACGGAAAUUUACGGCCCUGCGGCAGUAAUAUUGAACUGGAAAAGUUCAAGCGGCGGUUGAUUCGGGCCGUGGCUCGAAUGCUGCUGCAUGAAAAGAGAAACGAAGAAGAAGUGUGGGUAGGGCUGAGAAAAGAGACAGGCUGUGAUUGUAAGGAGCUAUGGAGCCGUAUGCAUGCUUUGACUAUAAAGAAAUUGGACCGUUUGUUGCAAGUCGAAGAUCGCGCUGAUUUAUUGCCGAAACCAGCUCGUAUGUCUAUCACGGAUUGGUUGUUGUUUGACACGGUACUCGUGCACGAAGACUUCGACGUUAUUGGUAUGAAAGAAACUACAACCGAAGAUAAAAAGAUCUUAGUGGAUCUAUUCGACCUGGUGGAGAAGCACACAAUAGAAUUUUUAGCUGGCGACGAGUUGACCGAAGCCUGGUUGAGGGUUACCUUAGAAUAUAAUAGCGACGGCCGCCAAUGUACUCCAAUGUUACUUCAACGACGCUGGUACCAGCUUAAAUUGGCCACCAGAGCCCGGUUUUACAAAUACUGGUCAGUGUAUAAAGGUAUCGUGAAAAGGCAACAGUUGGCCGAACCAUUCAAACCGACACCGUUGCAGGCAAGGAUUGCUUUUCGAUACAAGCCAUUGGUGGUCAAACCUUUUAUGUUAUGGGAAGAAUUAAUAAAGAAUACUCUCGUUAUAUCACCGGAAGCGUUUGAACGCAAAGAAAACAUCAAGGCAGCCCAUAGUGACGAUAUCGACCCUGACGUCAUGUGCAUAGAACCAGUCGUAGAAACAAUCGACUUAGACGUCGAUUCCAAAUCAGAUGAAGAGCUAGAAUACAGGAAAACAUCCCAAAGUAAUGAUCAGGCACUAAUAACAGUAAAGCAAGAACCGAUAGAUAAAGAUAUCGAUGAAAAUACUCCUUCUGAAAAUCGUCAAAAAAAAAUUCUUCAUUUUGCUGAAGCUGCUAUGGAGGCAACUGCAAUUGCACUUGAUGAAAUUGAACUAGUUGAUGAUACAGCUAGUCUUCUGUCCCCACAUCCGGAAGUAGAGACUGAUAUUCCACAUAUGGAUCCUAUGGUCAACGAUGAAAAUGAUGAAACCGCAGUAAUAGAAGACUCCUGUGAGGCCAACUUAGCAAACGUAAGUGAAGCUAACUGCGGUCUUGUAAAAGGAAAUGAAACUACAACCAGCAAUGAUUGCGAAAAUGUAGAAAGCCCAUUAGUAGAAGAUGUAGAAACCCAAAAUAAUAACAUUGACAUGCAAAAAGAACCAGAACAGGUGUUACCACAAAUAACCAGCAUUUUUGGUGGCUUCGACGUCUCGAGUGAAAAUCUAUCAAAAAUUAGCCUUUUUACAGCGCAAAUAUCCAAAUUCCCGCUUAAAGCUACACUUGAAAAUGAACAUAAACCAGAAAACACGAGUGCUAAAUCGAUACCACUUCACGAUGAUUCGGAUGAGUUGAUCAUUGUCGAUGAUGCUAAGAUAAACGUGGACAAAGUUGCCAUUAAAGAUGAAUCUGCAUCUUUUAAAUCUACCAAUAGUAAAUUAAAUUGUGAUGACAAUACAAAACCAGAUUUAACUAAAAGAUGGUUUGGUGAUUUGUCUAACGACAUCGAUUUUGCCGAUGAUGGGAUUCAACUUGUAGAUGAUGGAAUCGCUUAUGUAGAUGAUGAGUCUGCAUACCAAAUGCCCGAGAUAAAAAGUGAAAUUAUGUCUAUAAUCGAAAUAGACGAACAGGAUUCUGUACUGGAGACAAUGGAAGAAGACGAACCAAAAGUCGAUGAAAAACUACUUUUAGUUCCAGUAGUAAAAAUGGUAAAACUAGACGAUUUGGGUAUAUUGCCUAUACCCUUGAUAAGCCAUGUCGAUUCUAAAAGUUUAAUAGACAUUAUAACAGCUAAAACUAAACCAAUUAAGAAAGAGGUAAAUUUAUCAAGACCUAUAAAAAAAGAAAUAUACGCGUCAAAUCCUAUAAAAAGAGAGGCAGAUGAAUCGGAAUCAUCUGAUGGCGGUAUAGUUGAAAAUAUUAAAAGAGUAAAACUAUCAAGCAAUCUGCUACAGAAACCACGUUCUCGAACGUACAAUCCUAUACAGUUAUGCAAGAAUCCCGAUUUUAAUACCAGGCUUAAAAAGUUAAACGUUGGCUUCUUUAGCUCGGCUCGUAAUCGAUUAUUGCUGAAAGCUUGCAAACCACUAAGUAUAGAUGUUAGCAAAGCCUUUGAGCAUAAACUUGUUCAAGGAACAAUGUAUUUGGAAAUGACUGACAGUGAAAGCCUACACAAAGAUUUAGAACCAGAAGAGAAUAAUCAAAAUGUGUCUGUAGUGCCAUCAGCAAUGGCCGUACAGAGUCUCAUAGAUAAUACCAGAGGUGAUAUUCCGCCCAUGUCUUAUUCGCCCAUUCAGCAGCAGAAACCGGUACAAUUACCUCCUGUAGCAUGUGAAAGGAAUAGAAUUAUAAACUUGCCUGAUAUAUCCGAGAUUCGAAGAAUUAAUCAACAGCUUCUAACAGCAGAAGUAACACCACUACAAGUAAGGAACGGUUCCAAUCAAGUACCCGUGACUCUUGUCAAUACAAGAAAUGUUGAAAGUUAUCCUAAAUAUAUGUUUACUACAAACGAUAAAUCGAUUGCGGGCCCUGCUAGUAGAACAAAGUUAAUGAGUCAACAAGUGGUAGAUAUAACUAAAGAAGAUAAUAUUAGUAAAGACGAUUCACAAACGAAAAAUGUAGCAGGAAAUAAGGAUAGUACGAAAACUACUUACAAACCUCCUCCAUGGAAACCUAGGCUCAAACCAGAAGUACCUUGGUACAGUACUAAGAAUAGUAUUUAUGCAGAGGAUACCCUCUUAGCUUUAGAUUCCCUUAAUAAAAUGUUAUAUCUCAUAACCGAUAUGACUGCAACCACACCCAAUAUGCCGCCAGGAAAGGGUAAUAAAGGGAAGAAAAAAGGUGCUGCGCGUAAAGAAAAAUUAACUGUUAAACCCUCACUUGAAGAUGAUAACGGUAACGAUGAUGUACAAGUUGUAAGUGAAAUUAAACUAGACAAUGCAGAAGCUAAAAAAUGUAGAAAGGGCAAAACUCUUCAAUCCAAUACCGAUAGGAAACAAAAACUUCUCUACUGUUGUUGGGCCCGUGAAAGAAUAUGCCAACUAAUAUUUUCGAAGAAGCAAAUAACUAAACAUAAGUGUCCAUUUCCGUUAUGUUUGUGUUGUUGUAGAGCCGCUUUGGUAGAGUUCAUUAGGAAAAAAAAGGAAGUUGUCAAACCUAAAAGAGCAACGGGUGCAUUACCCUUAGGUUUUCAAACUUCUGAAUUAAGCGAUGCUGGUAGCGAAGAUGUUACCUCUGUUGAGGAAAAUAAAGAAAUUGCUGUAGUGGCAGAAGCUAUUCCUACAGAAGAAAAAACUGCCGAAAUGUCAACUUCUGAUUACCCUUCCUGCAAAGAAGAUGAAGACAUCAAUAAUGAUACCAUUGAAAGCGAAGUUAAUAUGGACACUGUGGUUAGUGGGCAUGAUUCAAACCAAGAAGAAGGGACUCAAAUGGACAAAGAAAAUGGGAGUGAUAUAAUCAUAGGUGCUGAAAUAUCUGUCACAACUUGUGAAAGUCUAGUAACAAAAGAUUCACAGAACAUUACCGCCACUAAGACAAAUAUAGUUCCAACUGUUAAACCAAAAGCCCUUAUACGGGUAAGAGCUGCGCCCUGGUCCAGAAAAACUUCAGAAAAAAGUCUAAAAAAGCAAAUUAUCCAGGAAAAACAUAGUCAAGUACAACUAGACCGAAAUUUGGUUUUCACACAGAACUUAGACGUUGUUGAAAAAGAAGUCGCCGAUGAUCCUACUAAUCUAUCCAAAAUACAAGAAAUGUCCCCUGAGAAACCUAUAAAACCUCUUCCCAACCUUACAGUUGCCAAAGUCGAAAUGCCGAAAAUUUUUUUAAAUAAAAAAAUGAUAUAUUUAAAUAGUAAACAAAUAUCAGAGCUUCCUUCGGAUAAUCCAAUAUUUUUAGGUAAAAAUAAAAUAUUAUUGACUACGGCGAUAUUUCCUCCAAAUUUCAAGGCGUUUGAAGCAUUCCAAGCUAAUAUAAGACAAACUCUAGCUCUCCCUAAAGGCAUUCAAUUGUUACUUCUUCCCUCUGGACGAUUAACUUAUAUAAGAGAUUGUAAGAUAGAAGUGAGUGAAGAAUUUAUGGCAACACUGCCACUACUGAUUUCAGCAAUUCAGCAUCAGAUAAAUGGUACUCUUGCACAACCCAUUUCAACCAAUUUACAAAACGAAGUUAUUGAUCUUUCUGAUGAUGAAACGACUGAUGUCAAAGAAAACACUGAACAACAAUCUGAAGUUUCAAUGUCUGAAAAUAGUGUAGAUCAAACAACAAGUAGUCACAAGUCGCAUACAGAAGAUACUGAGGAAAUUAGAUCUGGUGAUAUUCCUACAGUUAACAUAGAAGAAACGAAAACUGUUGUAACUGCUGUAGAGCCAAAAAAAACAAUAGAUGUAAAUACUUCUGAAAAGGUUAUCACACCUAUUGAAACCAAAGAAAACAGUGGAAAAUUUAACAACAUACUGUCUGAUUUAAUGGCAAUGUCAGGUAUUGAACAAACAGAUGUUACAUCCACCCCCAAAGAACAUUUAUCCCCAGAGGUUAGAUCUAUUCCUAAUGAAGAUUUAUCUCCAGUGGUUGCAUCUACCUCCAAAGAAAUUUCAUCUCCAGUGAUAACGGUAGAACAGUUGCACACACCAACUGGAGAAGGACCUGAUUCUAGUCAAAACAAUAACUGUAAAGAGAUACAGCCUAUUGAACACACAAUAAACCCUCCUUUGUUACAACCUAUUAAUUCUACGAUUGAGCAGAACCCCUCUGUACAAAUUGCACACACAUCAAAGGCCGACGAUACUGUUGGAAAAAUGGAGCCAAAAUUAAAAAAGGUUUUCACUAGUUCGCUUACUCCUAUAACCUCAUUAUCUGAACUAAAAUACGCAUGCGCACAAAGCGGAUCAUUUUUUAAAUUAGACUUAGAAACGGGGAUACUAAUGCCCAUAAAUGUCUGCAUGAAAAAAAUUACGGACUCCAACCAAAGAAAACAACAGUAUUUGAGAAAAUUUGGUGAAAUGGAACAUAGAAGCAGUAAUUCAUUAGAUCCGAAACCAAUCAUUGAUUUAACUGAUGAUGAUGAUGUCUAUAAAGUCACUGACAUAACACAGGCAAUACUAGAAUCAAAUUUGACAGCAAGUCAAUCGAUUGAAAUUCUAGAUCAAAGACCGGCUUAUGUUGACCAAACCACAAGCUCAUCUGACUUAGACGCAAGAUAUGAAGGAGUCAGUGGAAGUUUGGUAGACGAUGACAUCAGUAGUAGUGUUAUAGACCAACGAGUCAUUGGUAAUAAUGUUAACAAAGAUGGUGAAGUGAAACCGUUAAAGUUAUUUAAAUCACCAGCUAUCCGCCCAAGUAUAUUAGAGCGAAAAUUAAAACAAAUACAGAAGAGGAUCAUCGACGCAUCGUUAGCCAUAGACUCUGAGCGUCGAAAGUUAAAAAGAAAACAGGAAUUUAAUACCUCGAUACGUGAUGAUUUUUCAAACAAUCUAGGUAAGAAAUUACCAUCAGACGACUCCUCCGACGACGAACCUUUGGCCAAAAUAGCCACAAAAAUCAGAGCAGCAGGAAAAGUUGAAACAGAAAUUAAUCAAAAUGUAAGUGAAACACGAGAAGAGAAAAGAGAAAUAAAUUUACCAUCGAACAGCAAAAUUAUAAAUGUUAAAAGUACAGAUAAGUUACCGAUUGUGGUCGAUGAGCCCAUGGACGAUGAACCUGACGUAGAUCUGCAAUUGGAGGAAAUUGAAGAUAUGCCCAUUGAAAACACAAAUAAGAUGCCUCUUUCGUGUCGAUUUUAUCAAGAAAAAUAUCCUGAAGUGGAAGAUGUAGUGAUGGUAAAUGUAAGGUCUAUCGCAGAGAUGGGAGCGUAUGUCCAUUUACUAGAAUACAACAACAUUGAGGGUAUGAUCUUGCUCUCGGAGUUGUCCAGAAGACGUAUUCGGUCUAUCAACAAAUUGAUUCGUGUCGGCAAAACUGAGCCCGUUGUCGUUAUCAGAGUGGACAAAGAGAAAGGUUACAUUGACUUGUCAAAACGUCGUGUAUCGGCAGAAGACAUAGAUAAAUGCACAGAAAGGUAUGCUAAAGCCAAAGCAGUAAACUCAAUUCUGCGUCAUGUGGCCGAGCUCCUGCACUAUGAAUCCUCAGAACAACUGGAGGAGCUGUACAAAAGGACUGCUUGGCACUUUGAGGAGAAAUACAAGAAAAAAGCAUCUGCUUAUGACUUUUUCAAACAGGCUGCUGUAGAUCCUUCCGUAUUGAAUGAGUGUGGUCUGGAUGAGAAUACAAAAGAGGUUCUACUCGCUAACAUCAAGAGGAAAUUGACAUCUCAGGCAGUCAAGAUUAGAGCAGAUAUUGAGUGUGCUUGUUAUGGCUAUGAGGGUAUUGACGCAGUGAGAGCAGCAUUGAAGGCUGGCCUUGCCCUUUCAACAGUUGAGAUGCCCAUCAAGAUUAAUCUUAUUGCACCACCUUUGUAUGUUAUGACCACAUCAACUCCUGAAAAGACUGAUGGGCUCAAAGCCCUGCAGGACGCUAUUGAUAAGAUUAAAGAAACCAUUACGGUCUCUGGGGGUGUUUUCAACGUUCAAAUGGCGCCGAAGGUAGUGACGGCGACGGACGAGGCGGAGCUGGCGCGGCAGAUGGAGCGCGCGGAGGCCGAGAACGCGGAAGUCGCUGGCGACUCCGCCGAGGAGGACGAAGACCAGGGUAUGGGCGAUGUGCGCGUGGACGACGAACCGCAACAAAAUGGCGCAUCGGACGAAGACGAAGAUUGA